GUUUUAAUCCUUACCGUAAUCAACCAUAUUGAAUUUAUGCCAGUACCAGAAUCAUUGAAGUUUAUAGCAUCGACAUUAUCAUGGACAUUACGAGCAGGAUGUGUUGCUCAUUUAAUUCAUGAAUUUGUCUAUGAAUUUACAGAAACCAGAGGUGAAUCAAUGUUACCUACAUUACAAAGAAAUCAUGAUUAUGUUCAUGCUCUUAAGACUCAUAGAUUAGGUAGAGGAUUAGAAAUGGGUGAUUGCAUUGUUGCAGUUAAACCUAGUGAUCCUGAACAUAGAGUAUGUAAACGAAUAACUGGUAUGCCUGGUGAUAUUAUAUUAAUUGAUCCUUCAUCAUCAUCAGAAUUAACUAAUACACCUAAUGAAAUAAUACAACAUGAUGGAUUUAAUAAAUAUAUAACAGUACCUGAAGGUCAUGUAUGGUGUACAGGAGAUAAUUUAUGUCAUUCACUUGAUUCAAGAUCUUAUUCAGUAUUACCAAUGGGUCUUAUAACAGGUAAAAUUGUGGCAGCUAAUUCAAUGGAUAAAGGGUUUUUCACUAAUUUUUGGGGUUUUAGGUGGAUAACUAAUUCAUUUAAUUAAAUGAUUCUAGUUAUGUCUUGUUCUAUAUGU